ACUUUUCCGUGACUUAGUGACUGAAAGUUCGUGGCUUAGUAUUUUGCCAAAGAAAUUUAACGUCAAAGCCGUGGAAAUCUGGUGUAAUGUGUAAAACGAGAUGUUCGGAAAAUUAUAAGCUCCUGAAUUAAUUGCAUGCAUUUGACUAUCUGUUUUUGUGCCGUAUAGAUCAUCAUCUGUGUUUAAAAGCUGCCUGUGAAAGUUUGCAUUUUUUUCAUUUAUCAGUUUAUAAUUAUCAUCAUUCGAGUGAUAUUGUCAUAGUUCAGACGACUAUAUUGUUCACAUUGUGUGUAUAACAUAUCGAAGCAAAUAUUACAAUAUCUGCACUACGAUGGAAUUCGAAAUUCAAAAUCACAUCGCACAUCUCGGCAAGUUUACAGUUAGAACAGAAGACAAUGGCUGUCUGCUGGAUGAAGCGUGCACGAUGUUGUCGGAGCUGCUACCGCCAUUGGGCCGCAUGGCAUCCAAAAUGACGUCCCCUAAUAGCAGCAGUGUGGAGGACAAAAUCAAAUCCGUCUCCAUUGGUGAUGUCAGCCAACCCAGUGAGAUCGACACGAACAUUUCGAUUGAGUUAAUUACGGAAGAAGAUGCUGAAGAGGUGCUGAAAUUGCUCAAAAAGUUUUUCUUCAAGGACGAGCCGCUCAAUACGUUCAUUAACCUAGGAGAGUGCAAGGAGCUGGAAAAAUAUUCGACUAAAUAUCUUCAUGAGCAUUGUUCCUUUAAGGCCGUCAAUUCCCGUGGAGAAAUUGUGGGAGUUAACAUUAACGGAAUGAUCAAUAAACCGAAGGAAACUGAUGGACCGCAGCAAAAACUGGCUGAUGGUUGUGAACAUCCGAAGUUUAAAAUGAUUAUGGCUUUGAUGGACUACGUGGAUGAACAUUUUGAUAUCUUUGACCUGCACCAGGACGUAGACAAGAUACUGGAUAUUAAAAUUAUGUCUGUAGAUAAUCGCUACCGUGGACUGGGAAUCGCUGGCAAGCUCACUGAUCGAACAAUGCAAUGUGUGAAAGAAAACAACAUCAAAUUAGUUCACGUAUUGUGCAGUAGUCAUUUCUCAGCUCGGGUCAUGGAGAAAAUAGGGUUUGAGGAGGUUUAUAGAUUACCUUACUCUGACUAUUUGGUUAAUGGAGAACAGGUAUUCGAUCCAGAAGAGCCACACACUGCAGUGCGGAUUUUAGUGAAAAAGAUGACCUAAAACUAGUCCAUUCGAUUAUUGACAAAUGGCGGAUAGAGUGUAACAUUAUUACUCAUGCACUACUACAAAUAUCAAGAUUCCGAAUUUUAAAUUUUAGUGUUGUAAAAAAAAUCUAAAACUAAAACAUCUAAAUCUAAAACAUAAAUUGAAGCACAAAUCUUACAAGUACUGUUGAGAAGGUGCCUCCCGAGCUAAAAUUUCUGGAGGCAUAUGUUUGAUGUGAUGCAUACUGAUUUACUUUCAUUGAAUCCUAUUUAAGCUACUUUGUAGCAGCUGAUGUGUGAACUUUAUUGAAUUUUGUGCGAACUACGCUUUAGAUAGGCCUAUAGGAAGAAGUCGCAAAAAGCAUUUAUAUUUUUAAUACAUGAUGAACUGUUCAUCCGUAGUUUAGCUUUAGUUCGCUCAAUUUCAUUAUCGUCAAUUAUUGUCCUUCGACAGGUUACAAUGCGAAAUCACACAAAGCCGUAAUAUAAUUAUACGUCAUAUUGUCAAAAUUGUUGUGAUAGCACAUUACAAAUAAGUCACCGUAACUGUAACAGUGUCAUAUGGAACGUACUAAAUAAAUUAAUAAAUUUCGCAUAUAAUAAUAUUUGC